CAACCCAGCUGCCCGGAUAUCAAUUCAUUCUCGAGCUUACAACCUGAAGACGUCAUACUAAAGUCGAUAGCUGGGUUUUAUUCAAGACAGAAAGAAGAGUAUUUUAAUUGGUAAAUCGUGGUGUUGCACAAAGUCCUGUAUCCGCAGACUGAACCCAUCCUGUGCAGCCUCGGUGUCGCUGCCAUUACUGGUGAAAUCCAAGAUAUCAGACUGAAUCGAGCAGGCUAGACACGCCAAAAAUGACCGUCGUCGCAUCUGCUAUUACCACCACAUUCAUUCCGCCAGCGAAUGAAGUGAGCGUUGUGGGCUACUAUCCUAGCGGAAACAACGAGGUGGGAACAAUCGUUUGCGGAUCUGAAUAUGAGUUUUUGGUAUCGAGUACAUACGGAAUCUGCUGUAUGACAGCGAGUCGAGGGAAUUGUGGUUUCAGACAAACAUGUUCCGCGAGUAUGAUGGUGUAUGAGAAUGGGGAGAGGGUAACCUGCGCAAAUGAUAACCCUUGCGUGUCAACAACAAUAUACCAAAUGUCUCCGUCUGGGGGAUGGUCUGCAACCAUGGCCUGUAAGGUGAAUGCUAGUAACCGUGGAUAGCAUGACCACCACCGCCUCUCCCGAAGCCUCAGCCACCUUAAAUGUCACCAGUACCACAAC